AUGAAGGAAAUCGACGAGAUCGAGUCGCUUCAAGACGACGCGCCAAAAUUCAGCGACGAUCUCCUCAAAAUGGGCCGCUAUUCAAUUCUAGUGUGCAUUUUCGUCGAAAUCGCGAUGCUCUCGCAAUUGUCGAACACAAUGUACAUGGUUUAUGCCGCGUGCGAUUCGUGCCAUCCGAAUAAUAUGGUUUUCGAGCGACAAUUCUACGGAAUCAUCGAUGAGUUCAACCUUCACUGCGAGGGAGUUCGCUUCGAAAAACUCGGAACGUCGAUUCAAAUGAUCGGUUUGAUGGCCGGCUGCCUCGUUUUCGGCCAACUCAGCGACGUCUACGGUCGAAAAAUGCUUUUGCUCGUUUGCCUCGCAAUGUGCACAAUUUUCGGCGUCGCCACCGCGUUCUCGCCAAAUUUUCUCGUGUUCACCGGUUUGCGCACAAUUUUGAGUUUUUUCAACGGCGGACAAAGCACAAUCUCCGUUGUCUACCUCAUCGAAAAUAUUCCGAAACGCUCUCGAAUGUACAUUUCAACGCUGAUCAGCUUCUCGCCGAACGUCAUUCUUCUCGGCUGCCUAGCAUAUUUCUUCCAAACAUGGUCAUCGCUGUCAAUCGUGAUCUCAAUUCUCAUCAUUCCCGCCAUUCUCAUUCUAUUUUUUCUACACGAGAGUCCACGAUAUCUCAUGCAAAAGGGUCGAAUCGAUGAGGCGACAACGAUUUUUCUCAAAAUCGAGCGUUUCGACAAAACGCCAAUGGGAAUCAACGAGGACGAGCUCGUCCGACUACUCGAGCAUGAGCAUUUGGAAUUUGGCCAAAACGCGCGCAAAAAUCACAAUUUUUGGCAUUUGUUGACGAAUCGGCGAAUCGCCAUCGGCACCGGCGUGAUUGCGUUCUGUUUCUUCUCGACGACAUUGAUCAAUUACGCGAACAUGUUCAAUCUCGGCGCAAUUUCGGGCUCGAUUUAUCUGAACGCGAUUCUGAUUGGCCUUCUUCGCUAUUCCGUUAGUAUCAGUUGCGGGUUUUUCGAUUUCAAAUACGAAUGGUUCAAUCGGAAAUUCGCGCACUCGUUGUGCAGUUGCCUAUCGAUUCUCGCCAUUUUCGUCAUUCUCAUUUUACGGAUGACAGAGACCGACUCGAUUUUUGCGGUUGUUAUGCGAUUCUGUGUGCUCAUUUCGUGCUCAAUGACAUCGCAGGCUAUAAUUGUGGCUAGUGUGACAUCGAAUGAGCUCAUGCCGACGGCUGUCCGAUCGCAAUCCUACGCGAUUGCUCAACUAUCAUCGCGAUUCGGAAUCGUGUUCGCUCCACACGUGUUUUAUCUAGAUGUCUAUUUCGGACGCGAAUUGCAUUCGCUGCCGUAUUUCGUUUUGCUUUUCAUGGCGAUUGCAGAUUUUGCCAAUUUUCGCUUUUUGAUACCCGAAACGAAGAACAAACCAUUGGAGGAUCACAUAGCCUCGUCAAAAUCGAUAGAACUACAAAAUCGCUAA